AUCCGCACCCGACACGCUCCCAGCUCUCCGGCUUUCCCUGCUCGCCUCGCCGCCGCCGCCGCCGUCGCCAGCCAUGGGUCGCACCAAGGACGAGCUCCUCGCGCGCCUUGAGGAGCUUAAGAUCGAUUUCAAGCGCUACGACCACCCGGUUGUGUUGACGGUCGAGGAGCAGGCCAAACAUGUGGGAAAUUUCGGUGGCGCUUUGACCAAGAAUCUACUUCUGAAGGACAAGAAGCACCGACUGUACAUUGUUUCUGCACUUGCUGACACCAAAGUUGACAUGAAAAUUCUGUCCCAGCGUCUUGGUUUGGGAAAAGGUGGCGUGCGAAUGGCUCCUGAGGAGAAUUUGCGUCAAGUGCUUCAGGUACCGUUAGGAUGUGUUACUCCAUUUGCGCUAUUCAAUGAGUCUGCGAGUGCCGUCUCAUUAUUACUGGACCAAGGGUUGAAGUCUAAACAGAGCUGCUACUUCCAUCCACUGACAAAUGAUGUGACUAUUGCCCUCAGUUCAAGCAACCUGGACAAGUUUCUCCUCUCCAUUGGGAAGCAACCAGCUUAUGUAGACUUGGAGGCCUCACCUGUGGUAGGUAAAGAUAAUCCUCCUGAUCUAGCAGAUCUUGUGCCUACUGGUGCACUCAGUUCCUCAGAAGAAUCAGUUGAGAAUCCGACGCCUAAAGCUGCUCCUAAAAUCAAUGCACCCAAAGAGAAAACAUGUCUACCAGAAGUGAAAGCUAAGCCCAAAGUUUCGAACAAGGAGGCAGAAAGUUCAGAGAGUAAAGUUCCUGCUAAUAAUGGUGCAAAUGUUGAGAUAUUUGCAACUGAUGUGCUUGACGUCAUCUUCCCAUUGUUCCUGUCCGAGGCAUCAAAGAAAUUGAAUAUUAAAGAGGAAGAGCUUACUAAAAUUUUAAAAUUGGAAGACUUUAGAGGACGAGCUGCUCCAGAUCUGGAGAGUUUAACGAAUAUGUUCAAAAACAUGGCAUACACUGCAGGAUUUCAUGCUGGCUUCGAUACCAUGCUCAAGUCAGGUUUAGGUGGGAUGCCCUCCCGGAAAUAGUCGGUUAAUUUGAUAUAGGAGACAGUGAGUUGAUUCAGUCAAUUUUUGUAUGCCCCUUGGUGUAAAAUCAAAUCAUACCAUAUAAUACUUAUUAUGUUGAAUGAUUCCAUUGAAAGUAUCACCUUUGUGAUUGCUUUUGGGGAUUUGCUCAAGUGCUUUCACGUUUUGCUUCGA